AUGGAAGACGACAAGUCCCCUCUUCACGCCCCCCGUCCGCGGACUAAGAGGAAAGGCGUCAGUCCCGUCCGAUGCUGUAUCGGGAUCGUUGUUGUCUUUGGGGCCUUGAUAUGUGUCGCCAUUGGAGUCACUUGCUUCGUCUUGGCUAGGAACGCUAUCCGCGAUAUGAGAGAUCCUCACAAGGGACUCUUUGUAUCUAAUGCGACUAUACAUACCCCGGACAUGGUCCGACCAUUGAUAGAGCAAGAUGACAGCUUUGAUGUGGUCUUGGGCAUUUGGGUCCGAGAGCCGAAUGCCAAAGUCGACGUCUCAACGGCAGCAGAGUUCCUGGAGGAGAUAAACAGUCAGGAUAAUUCGACGACUAGCGAACGUCCGAAGAAAGCUGUCGGCUUCCCGCUGGAGAAGCGCAAUGACCGAAUCAUAUAUGAAGAAACUGUAUUUAAGAACAUCAAGAUGAACGGUAAAACCCAUGACAAGGUCGUCGAAUUCAAUCUACCCACGGAUAUUUUGCAAGACAGUCUGCUCUUUUCGAGCGAUGUUCGAGCUACAAUCACCGUCAUACCUCACGUUGCGGAUCUUGAGGCUAUGAGCAAUUACUCAGAUUGGAGACCAAGCAAGGUCAAACCUUUGCAAAGACUUUCAGAGGACUUCGAACAUAAGUACGACCAAUCCCACUCGAGCAGUAACACCUUGAAGUGGGGAGCUCUGAAGCACAUUGGCAUCAGCAGCAGCUUGGUAGAGCUCGUCUCCGAGACACAAUGCCUCGAUAUGGCUAAGAAGGUUGAUUGGGUCCUGCCUGAUGUGGAAGAUGAAUGGGAAUACUUUGUACCGAACAAGGCUCGAGCGAAUCAGGCUGUGGCUUUGGCGAUGACCAGCAAGCCAUACUUGUACACGAGGUCCCACGUCUACAUGAUUCAAGAGAGUCGUCCGAUUCCUAAAGCGGACUUUGACAAGCGGCACGAUCAAUUGAGGAGGAACUCGUGUGGCCGAAACUACCUGCCGCCAGAGAUCUCCCGUUUCAAUUGUCACAGAUCAUAUGGAUUGCAUGGCAACUGGGAGACUGUCUUCACGAUCGGCCCAGAUGGUUCAGCUCAGGACCUUCGAUACGGCCCAUUCUUAGGUGUCGUCGGACAGUCAGCAGGACCCAAGCACGUUCAAAAUCUGCUUCCUAAGCGAGCGGUGUGCGUCAACUCCUCCGCUCCGGUCGACAUUCCUCGGCUCCCAGAGUUCGUUCCUGUGAAAUAUGAGGUCCGCUUCUCGACCAUGUCACCUGCUCGACUCAGACUUUUGGAAGACUUCGUACCGGCAGCGCACAUCAACUUUACAGCAACGCAGAAGGAAAUGGCGGAUGCUCACGAUGUCUGGGAGCAGAGCAAUGGCGUCUGGGGCAACGGAAUGACGGGAGCUCGACCAUACACGAGGCUCGUCUUGGGGACCUUGUCCGACGUCAUCCUGCCACCCUUCAUUUUGACACUGGGCCUUCUCUACUGGGCAACGCGACAGACCGCAGCUGGAAUCUCAAUCACUGGCGCAACGUUUGCCAUCUUGAGCUGGGUGGUAGAAGUCGGUCAAGUCAUUUCGGAAAUGUGGAAGUACGAGGAGAUUGGACUUUUGGCGUUCCAGGCGGUCGGACUCUUAUGGUCCCUCUUCCAAAUAUGGAUCAUUGCGCGACUCAUCCUGCCUUACGAGAUGUCUCUUGGAGGGGGGCUAAAAGGCGCCGUCAGGCGAAAGGAGCCUUCUCACAGAGAACGUGCAAGUAGGAGGAUAGACACGGGACCUUGGUUCUUGUGGCUCGGGAUCCUCCUGGCAAUAUGGGGCAUCACGUAUUACUCCUUCAUCGGCCGGUUCCACCUUGUCGCAGCUGCCUUCGCGCAUGAGCCACCUAAGAAGCCCUGGAAGACUGCAGCAGGAGCACUAGUCGAUGCCUUAUGGAGCGUGGCUAUCCAAGUCCAGCUGGUACAUAAUCAAAAGGCAAAAACCUUCGCCGGCACCUAUCAUCUCGUCGCUUGGCUUUCGCUCGUCCAAUCAAUCGGAGGGCUCCUGUAUCAUUUACCGAUCAUCGUCGGACGGUACGAAGUGGGCCAAGGUCUUGGUCUGGAUAAAGUCAUAAGACUCGUUUCCGAGCUCGUCAUGGUUUGGCAAGGAACCAAAUUUAGUAGAGUGGAGCAGAAUGUUCCUGAGGAAGAAGAAUAG